AUGUUUUUUGAUGGGUCUCCAAGAAAAAGAGAAGAUAGAGCUGAUAAGAGAAAGGCAAAAAGCACAGGAAAGAGCCAAGCCGCUGCUACGAUCACUCUAAGACCGCUUAUUCAAGAGCUCCUAAUUGAACAGUUAGCUAUUCUCUCCUUCUAUGCUAUCAAUCCCAUUUUGUUCACAGCGUCCUCUUCUGGGAAGGAAUUGAUGGAAGGAAUUGGAAGUCAGGCGUCGGAGGGGAAUGAAAUUCCUAAUGGUUCUCCGCCUUUUAACCCUUGGCAGGGGAGAAGGACUAAUCUCAGUCUAUUCGGCCUUCUUGGGAAUGGAAUCCUAGGUACGUCCACAUUUGGGCAACUUUCACUAUGCGAGGGCUUUGGUCUGCUUCCUUCUUUUGAAUCACAGGAAAUGAUUCAAUCUCGAACUGGGCCUGACUAUUUAGUUGAAUCGCUGUUUCCUGACUCGUCUCGUCUUGCCAUCCUUCCUUGGGUUCUGUUCUCAUCCCUGGAUCAAAUUUGCAGUGGAUUGCCUGUACUUGAUUUGUUUAUUGGAGUUCGUAGCCCUUUCUGGGGUGCAACCAAAGCAUCCUCCCUCCGAGCUUGGGAGAUUUGUAAGGUGGUAAGGCAGAAGGGGAAUCAACAUGAAAGUCUACGCCCGGUGAAGCUCGAAGAGCACGAAAGAAGUCAAAAACCUAAUAACUUUGAAACUGACCUUACUAACUUUCAAGCAGGCACUACAAGUGGUCCUGUUCCUGUGACAGUGGAAGUGGAAGUUCAAUCCGAAUUUGCAUCAUCAACGGAAGCAUCAACUGAAGCAGAAGCUGCUAUUUCGGUGGUUGUUGGUGGGGCAUCUAACUCAAUAACAAUUGAAAAGGCAAGUCGUGCGUACUAG